UAAGCCUUGUGUUAAUCAUGACAUCGACUUACUUAUAGCAGCAGCCUCCAUAUAUCAUCAGUUCAUCAAGUUAUAUCGCUGCGAAAUGAAGAAAAAAGUGCUAUUAAUGGGAGCGUCUGGUAGCGGAAAGACUUCUAUGCGGUCCAUGAUAUUCUCCAACAACCCAGCAUCCCUCACCUCCCGUCUCGGCGCGACGAUUGACGUCGAGCAGAAUCAUGUCCGAUUCCUAGGUGAUCUCAUCCUCAACCUUUGGGACUGUGGUGGUCAAGAUGCCUUCAUGGAUUCAUAUUUGAGUGCACAACGCUCGAUCAUCUUUUCGCAUUCCCGUGAGAUGGAAAAGGAUCUGGAGUACUAUCGGGAUUGCCUGGAGGGAUUGUCACAGUUCAGCAAGGAUGCGAACGUGUUUCUCCUUGUGCACAAAAUAGACCUGGUGAGGGAGGCCGAACGGAAUGCUGUCGUGCAACGCAAGGUGGCAGAACUCGAGAAAGCCAGUGGAGAGACACAGAUGAAGGCAUGGUCAAAUAUUGUGAACACGCUGAUUCCCAACGCUCGUAACCUCUCGAAACACCUCCGUAUCUUUGCUGAAGCUUGCAGUGCAACCGAGGUGAUACUCUUUGAACGCACCACCUUCCUUGUCAUCGCAACGUCUUCGCGCACCGACUCCUCCGAUGCUUUCCCCUCUGCCCCUGUUGCUCUUCAUGCGCUGGACCCAAAGCGAUAUGAAAGGACUUCAGAGCUUAUCAAAGCAUUCAAACAGUCAUGCUCACGUCUUAGGGAGGAAUUCCGCUCUCUUGAGAUGGAACUGGCAGAGUUUACUGCUGUGCUUGAUGAAAUGACCAAAAAUACUUAUGUUUUAGUUGUAGUCCAUGACCCAGUUAUCGAGACUGCAGCCAUUAAGAUGAACAUUUGCAUGGCGCGCAAGAAGUUUGAAGAGCUUCAAGGAGACAGCCUUAUCUCAGACAAGUGACCCUUCACAUUUACUUGGC